AUGAACAACCAAAGAGUAACCUAUGCAGAACUGAAUUUGGCCAAGUCCGCCAAGAGACAGCAAAGGAAACCUAAGGGCACUCAAAGCUGCAUUCCAGUAACUGAGCAGGAAAUAACCUAUGCAGAAUUAACUCUUGAAAAUGCUUCCCGGGAUCUUCAAGGGAGGGACAAGAAGGACCACUCCAAAGUUUCACCAUCGUCUCCAGAGAAGCUCAUUGCCGGGACCCUAGGGGUCAUCUGCCUUGUCCUGAUGUCCGCUGUGGUAACGAUAACUGUUAUUCCCUCUACUGUAAUACCGGAGAAGAACAAUUAUUCUCAAAUAACAAGGAUCCAGAAAGCAUAUCAUUGUGAACAUUGUCCACUGGAGUGGUUUACGUAUUCCAACAAUUGCUAUUAUAUUAGCACUGAAAAUAAAACAUGGAAUGAGAGUUUGCUGGCCUGUGCUUCUAAGAACUCUAAUCUGCUUUACAUAGAUAAUGAAGAAGAAAUGGAAUUUCUGCGUUCCAUAUUACCUCCAUCAUGGAUUGGAGUUUUUCGUGCCAGCAGUGAUCAUCCUUGGAUGUUGAUAAAUGAAUCACAUUUCAAACUAAAAAUAGAAGACUUAUCAUUUGGUAAAGGUAACUGUGCUCUGCUAAACCUAUAUGGCCUCACAUCAUGGAGUUGUGGAGCUUCAAAAAUAUAUAGCUGUAAGCAUAAGCUUUAG